AUGCCACUUGCAGGACUGGUGCUGGCAGCCGUGUGUCAGUCCACAACCACGGGUUCAACUACGGUUGCAGCUACGAGUGCAGCUUCAGGUGCAACCACUGCUAGUGUUCCUCAGACCUCUGGUGGGACGGUGACGACUGCAGCAACUGCAGCGUCAGGGGUGACAGCGGCGGGAUCAGGGUCUGCCACCAACGCUGGGGGAAGUGGGACCGCAACCACUGCAGCGUCUCUCACGUGCCUGAGCUGUACUGGCAACGAGACAGAUGAAUGCGGAAGGGAUGUCAGCACAUCAACUACAACGUGCAGUGGCUCAUGCUGGGCAUACCAUAAGACAAACACGACAUCCAAUGUGAUCACCUUCAUCCGUGGAUGUGGAGAGACGGGCGACACCUGCACUGAGGACAACAAGAAUGAAUUCUGUAAUACCGCAGGGGGCAUCAAGACCUGCCGGCGUUGUUGUACUACGAACAGCUGCAACGACGCAAGCCUUGAGCUCGACGGAGUCGCCGGGUCUGGCGCAGCUGACGUCCACGUUAGCGUCGUUGUCACCAUGGCGUCCGCGCUCUUCGCCAUUUUGGCAUUGUGGUAACGAUGUCAUUACAAAACGUGUGGUGUUGAUGACGCAACGCAAGUUGUGAUGACAUCACGAGCGGAAACUCCCACAGGUCAGGUGAUGACUUAGGUCUGACGGCCGUGUACGUGGACGGUUUCUGCCGAAAUUCAAAUAGCUGUUAAGACAGUUUGAAACUGUGUUCAAAGGUGUUUUAUUCAAGAGACAUGACUGUCGGUUUUUACAUCUUGACGCAAGUGCAUCUUUAAAAGAGAUGACAAGAAAAGGGGGAGAGAAAAAAAGUGGAAGUGAAAACGUGAAAAUAACCUACAAUAUCUGAACAAGACUAAAAAUGAUGGUCGUUGCGACUUGUAGUGGUGGUGACUAGAUACAGUCUUGUUAAGAUAGAUUUUGGUACUUUAAAGAUGUUGGUCAACAUCUCUUAUGUACUUUCCAGAAAGUUUUUGGCAUAAAGAUGACCAAUUUGCCUUACAAAACAGAUAAAAACCGACAAGAAAAAUGUCGCUCAGAAAUCGCGCCAAGGCCAAUCGCUGAAGAGGUAUCCGUCAUAACGUUACCUUGGAGAUUGACAAAGCGUGCAUCAAAUGUGACUCUAUUUUUGCUACUUUUUUGCUUGUUUGCUGCAUUGUUAGGUGAAACCAAAGCAGGUCUUUGUGUCUCUUUAAUGCUGUACAUUAUUACACUCUUGAGAAGUAGAUGCUGAAUAUGACAACGCGCCAUUUUUCAGAUGGAAUGGCAUGUUUGACAGCGUCAGCUUCCUGUUCAUGGAAAAUGUACACUAAAUGUAUAGGAGCUGCUGUAUUUUUGUUCAAGAGAAUACAAACCGUAUUUUCAGAUA